AUGACCCGCACCGCUCGUGCCUCCUUUCCCCGCGCGAUCCUCAAGGACCGCGCAGAGUCCAAGUCCGGCAUGGACAAGCGCACCCCGAAGAACGGGGCUGGCCCCCACAACUGGGGCGCGCUCGUCGACGAGCGCGAGCUCGAGGACGCCGCGGACAUGGACGAGGAGCUCGAGCACGACGAGUUCGAGCAGACCAGCCCUUUGCGCUCCCCACCGGCUCCCGCGAGCCCCGAGCCCGUCCAGCGCCGGACGCUCUCGCUGAGCGACGCCGACCUGCAGAGCGCGCGGGAGUUCCGCAAGAAGGCUCUCAGGAGCGAGGGCAUUGACCUGUCGGCCAUCGCCCGCACUUCGUCUGCCGUCUCCUCGUCCCCAACUCAGACCUUCGCCGCCGACAUCGAGUCUUCCGGGAUGAAGUCUGUGUAA